ACCACGCCUCUGCGCCUUUUCUUUUUUUUUUGCGUGUAUUUCCGGGUCAAGGAUUUUCUACAUCCGUUUUUUGUACGAGACGUGUUCUACUUAGUGAGAGGAAGAUGGCCGUAGAAAAGGCUAAUGAAGCGAAAAUAACCUCGCUGGAGGGAAACAAGGAGAACGCCAUGGACGAGGGCCUCUCUCUGGAAAUCCUUCAGAUAAUAAAAGAGUCCCAGCAACAGCAUGGACUCAGGCACGGAGACUACCAGCGCUACAGGGGAUAUUGCUCUCGAAGACUGCGUCGUCUGCGCAAAACUCUGGGCUUCCGAAUGGGCAACCGGCACAAGUUCACGGGCAAGAAAAUCACUGUGGAGAUCCUGUCGGACAGUCGAUACCUGUUGCUGGUUGUGAUGGAAGCCGAGCGGGCGUGGAGCUACGCCAUGCAGUUGAAGCAGGAGGCCAACACCGAGCCGCGGAAACGCUUCCACCUGAUGGCGCGUCUUCGCAAGGCAGCCAAGCAUGGAGAGAAGCUGGAGAAGCUUUGCGAGAGCCAGCGUGUCGACGCCAAGACCAAACUAGAGGCUCAGGCGUACUCUUCCUACCUGACCGGCAUGGUCCAGUUUGAAAUGCAAAAGUGGAAAUCGGCAAUGGAGGCCUUUAACAAGUGCAAGACGAUCUACCUGAAUCUGGCGAGUGCGUUCACUGAGGAGCAGGCUGUCCUAUACCACCAGCGGGUGGAGGAGAUCUCGCCCAACAUCCGCUACUGUGCAUACAACAUCGGUGACCAGAACGCUAUAAAUGACCUGAUGCAGAUGAGGCUCAGUGCAGGAGGAGGCGGAGGCAUGAUGGCUGAAAAGCUCGAGGCUCUGAUCACUCAGACACGAGCGAAGCAGGCGGCCACCAUGAGCGAGGUGGAGUGGAGGGGUCGCACUGUUCCGGUUAAAAUCGACAAAGCCCGGAUCUUUCUCUUGGGACUGGCUGACAACGAGGCUGCCAUUGCACAGGCAGACAACGACGAGACGAAAGAGCGCCUGUACGAGACUCUGCUGGCUGAGUGCAGAGACACAAUCCAGGCUGUGAGAGAGGAACUGCGCACCGAUGUGAAGCAGAGAGAGAGAGCUGCAGACAGUGCAGAGAGUGGGAAAGUCUCCAACCUGCAGUACCUGCACAGCUAUCUAACCUAUAUAAAGCUGUGGACGGUGGUGAAGAGGAAUGAGAGCAUGGCUCAGGCGCUGCAGGCCAAACUGAAGGAGCCACAGACGGACGAGAACAAGAGAGGACCGAGACCCCAAGACCUGAUCCGGCUCUACGAGAUUAUUUUGCAGAGCCUGGCAGAGUUGUCUACCCUGCAGGGUUUGGAGGAGGAUCGUGUCUUCCAGAAAGAGGUGGCGCUUAAGACGCUUGUCUACAAGGCUUACAGGUGCUUCUUCAUCGCCCAGUCAUAUGUCGUGGUAAAGAAGUGGAGCGAGGCUUUAGUUCUGUAUGAAAGAGUGCUGAAAUACGCCAAAGAGGUGCAGUCCAAGGCCAAAAACCUCAAUAACAGCCUUAAGGACCUUCCGGACGUUCAGGAACUCAUCGCUGAAGUCAACUCUGAAAAAUACUCCCUUCAGGCCGCAGCCAUAUUGGAUAAAGAUGACGUGACUGAAGCUCCCGCUCAGCAGCAGGUCAAAGAUAACAAGCCCCUCUCCGAACGAUUGGACACCUUCCACAUCGACCCGUCCCUCCUUGGCAAGCAGCCCAACCUCGUCCAGUUCCCGCCGGACUUCCAGCCGAUCCCGUGCAAGCCUCUGUUCUUCGACCUGGCCCUCAACCAUGUGGCCUUUCCACCGCUGGACGAUAGGGUGGAGCAGAAGGGCAAGGGCGGUUUCACCGGCUACAUCAAGGGCAUCUUCGGCUUCGGCAGCUAAUCGGUCAGACUCGAACCUGACAGCUGGAAGCAGUCAGAGCUCGAUCUGGACUUGCUCUCUUAAUCCCUUCCUGUCAAUCCCAUCUGUCAUAUUCUUUAGAAAUCAGUCACCGGUGUCCUUUGCUCCAUGAACUAAAGGACCAAGACUCGGCAAACCAGUGGGUUGUAUCAUGUGAUGAACAAGGGAAGUGCUUUCACGUGCAUAAAUGUGCUCGUAUACGUUUAGAAACAAACACCACUAGUGUCUGUUUAGUAGUAAUAUUAAAUUAAUGUUCACGGUGGGUUCUACCACAUCGCCUGGAUCCAUCUUAUUUAUGCUAGAAGGGAGCAGAGCAGAAGGGUCAGGGGGCAAUUUCGGACUAUUCAGAGCUCAAGGAUCCAUGUCUUUUCUUUGUUUGGUGCAACAAAAAAUAAAUAAAUUUAGUGUUCUUUAAAAAAAAAAA